CACACACAUACACACACACACACACAGAGGCGACGGAGGGAGGCGAGGAUCGUUGGCUUCACGAAAGUCAUCUUACUGGGAAGCAUUUCGGUCGUCGGAUUGCUCAAGGGGCUAUCCCACCUUGCCCCUGGUGGCCCCUCCCCCAUCCUCAGGCAAAGCCUCCCCCCACCCUCCCCACCCCCCCAAACCCCUUGCCCCAUUGGGAUCAACCCCCCCACCCCUCAACUCCUACCUUCCCUCUUCUUCCUCCCUCUCUCUCACCCAUCCUCCCUGCACUUCGGCCAUCCUCCGCUGCAGUAAAAUCUCCCAACCAUCUCUGCCAAGCUGUCGGACAUGUCAGGACCCGUGCCAAGCCGGGCCCGAGUGUACACCGAGGUCAACACCCACCGGCCCAGGGAGUACUGGGACUAUGAGUCUCACGUGGUUGAAUGGGGAAACCAGGAUGACUUUCAAUUGGUGCGUAAGCUAGGGCGUGGCAAGUACAGUGAAGUCUUUGAAGCAAUCAACAUCACUAAUAAUGAGAAGGUGGUGGUGAAGAUACUCAAGCCCGUGAAAAAAAAGAAAAUCAAGCGUGAGAUCAAGAUUUUGGAGAACCUGCGUGGAGGUCCUAACAUAAUCUCCCUCAUUGACAUUGUGAAAGACCCAGUGUCCAGGACGCCUGCCUUGGUCUUCGAGCAUGUUAACAACACAGACUUCAAGCAACUGUACCAGACCCUGACAGACUAUGACAUCCGGUUCUACAUGUACGAGAUCCUCAAGGCCCUGGACUAUUGCCACAGCAUGGGAAUCAUGCAUAGAGAUGUAAAGCCACAUAAUGUGAUGAUUGAUCAUGAACACCGCAAGUUGCGCCUUAUUGACUGGGGUCUGGCUGAGUUUUACCACCCGGGACAGGAGUACAACGUCAGAGUGGCCUCCCGCUACUUUAAGGGACCCGAGCUUCUGGUGGACUAUCAGAUGUAUGACUACAGUCUGGAUAUGUGGAGCUUGGGCUGUAUGUUGGCAAGCAUGAUCUUCAGGAAGGAGCCUUUCUUCCAUGGCCAUGACAACUAUGACCAGUUGGUGAGAAUAGCAAAGGUUCUGGGGACUGAAGACCUCUACGACUACAUUGACAAGUACAAUAUUGAGCUGGAACCUCGUUUCAACGACAUCCUGGGAAGGCAUUCUCGUAAGCGAUGGGAGCGGUUUGUCCACAGUGAGAACCAGCACCUGGUCAGCCCCGAGGCUUUGGAGUUCCUGGACAAGCUGCUGCGAUAUGACCACCAGGCCCGGCUAACUGCUCGCGAGGCCAUGGAUCACCCUUACUUUUUCCCCGUUGUGAAAGAUCAGUCUCGUGUAGCCGGAGCCAACCUGCCCAGUGGGAACACCGCUGUUGGCACAGCCAACAUGAUCACUGGUAUCUCUGCCUUGCCAGCUUCAACUGCCCUGGGCCCUUUCACCGGCUCGCCGGUCCUCUCUGCCUCCACCAGCGUCCUGAGCACCCCGGUGGCAGCUGCUGUUGGCGCCCCACAGUGAUACCCCACCCAAAUCCACACUCCACUCCUCUUUCCCCAGGCUCUCCAACACCACCUAGCAUAGGGAAGGGGGGUAACUACCCUUCUGGUCAAAGGAAGCCGUUGUCUAAGAAAAGAACGAUGGUUUUCCGUUCCUUUUCCUCCUCAAAUGAACUUGUUAACCUGACAUCUGAAAUGAAUGUUCUGUGUUAUUGAAAUAUACAGGUAUUCCUUUCAUUUUCCCACAAGCUGUAGUCAAUACAAAGGGUUGCGUGUCUGUGUGUGGCGAGACUGAGGCCAAGUGUCAUUAACGACUGAUUCGGGGACUCAACAACCCGCCCUGUGUGUUUUAGUUUGGACUGCGAAGGCAGUGGUCAAAAACUACAUCAGCAGAAGGCAAAAAAAUGAGAUGUUGGCCAUAUGGACCAAACAGAGCACAUUCUGUAUAGUUUACUAAUGCAGCAUCGUCAAUAACAAGACCUGAUGACACUUCAUUUAUCACCCCAGAUGGGUCUCAACACCCUCCAGAUCAAAGCAUUUUUGAAGUGUUUGGUGCUGUUCAGUGCUCCAGGUGUAUGUGAACAAAAUGACACUUUCUCUGAGUAGUUUUGGCUUGCCUUUCUUACCAAACCAGAUCACCAGUCUUCUUUUGAUAUGCGGCUCUCCGUCACAUCAUCUGUUAUUAAACAGUUUUGUAUUGAAUUGUUCUAGACUGCUGGAUAAGGUUCAUCACCAUCAAGUGGUUUGACUCUAGUGAUUUACUACAAUCUCUUGAGAAGCCAGGUUAAGUUCAUUCAGGUUCUAAAAGAAAUGGUUUCUCAUAUGUGCUGCUUUCCAGUUCAUGGAAUCACUUUAAGACAUAACCAAAGUUUCCUCAGUUGGUUGGAAAAAAGACACUGACCAAACCUAGUUUUGUUUUGUGGGAGUAGCAAAUGGAGAUACUGUAAUGCAAGUUGUCAAUGUUGGUUCUACUAAAUAAUACAACAACAUGAUACAAUAAGCUGUAGGUGACUAAAGUGCUGUACGCCAAGCUAAGAUCUGUUAUGAGUAGUGACAUGGGGAAGAUUUGUGACAAGACAGUUUACUGGCUUUCACAAACAUUAUGAGGGAAAAUUGGACUUGGAGUUGAAUUGUUGAAUAGCUCUUCAAGUGUAGAGUUUUCCCCAGUGUUUUAGUUUGAAAGUGUAUGUUUUAGAUCCGGCUGUACAUAAGCAUCCUUUUUUUUUUUUUAUUUUAAAACCUGAAAAUGCAAAUAAAUCUGAACAUGUGUACAUUAACCUGAGAACGGAGCUGUUUGAGUCCCUACAUCCCUGUAUAUAUUUUUAUGUCCUUAUGUAGAAGACUAGAAUUUGAAAAUAUUUGUGUAAAUAAACACGUGUUUUAUUUAUCAGGAA